AUGCAAUCAGUUGAGGGUAGUGGUGAAAAUAAGGCUGGUGAUUCAGGACCGUCAACGGAAACAGCCGAAACAACGAAGAAAAAGCGUCCACGUUCUCGGGAUAUUACACAACUAAAGGCAGAGGCUGAAAAUAUGAAAUUAUCACUCUCGUCUUUGGCAUCGGAGCGCGAAAAGUCACAGGCAAAAGAGAGGACAGCCUUUUUUGACAAUCUUUUUGAGCUCGUACAGACGACGAAUGUGAGGAUGGACAGAAAAGUUCUGGAGCACAUUGGGGAACUGUUAAGACUUAACGUACACCCCGAUAACAUCGUAGAAUUUCUUAGUACAGUGAGAGCAAAAGAAGAAGAGGAAAAAGAAGUUAUUUUUAUUUGA